CACAAGCUGGCCGGCAAGGACGGAUCUUAUUUCUUGGUGCUAGUUAAUAUUUAACCAAGGCCAACGUACGAGUAGGCAUGGCACACCCAAGAGCAACAGAACUGCGGGCUAGGAAUGCUGGAGGUUUAGGCGGAGAAGUGAAUCAAGAAAAGAAUCUUCAAAGAUUUUCAAGAAACCAAGCAACCUCUGACGAGGCUCCACUACUCGACGAAGAAACUCUCCUCAGUAAACACGAAAUGGCAGAGCAACAAGCUAUCGAGAUCGAGCUCGAGAAGACUGGUCUAACGAAGAAAGAAAACGAGCAGUUGUUCUUUCGAGACGGUGUACGGUUAAUCGAUUAUGUCCUGGUUUUUGAGGCGCCGGCAGCCGAUACUGAGAUAGAUGAAGACGACCAACAGAAAGAAGACUCUCACGCUGAAAAAAGAAAAAAAUACGAAGCGAAUCUUAAAGAGCUUGGCUUAGAGUUAGAGUUCGAAGAUGGUAUCUCCACCAAGGGUAAUACCAAGCGAGAUACCCAUUUCAUUAAGAUUCAUGCACCAUGGGAAACCCUUGUCAGGACAGCAGAAGAGAUGUUAAUAAAGAUGCCCAUCAAAGAUAGUGACAUUGACAUUAAAACUUGGUCUGAGAAGCACUUGAGUGAAGAGUUUGUUGAAUCCAUUAACAGCCAUGAUCCGUUCAAAAUCAAGGACUCUAAUAUCCCCCCUCGAAAGAAGCAGUUCGUAGCGACAUUCAGGCGGGAUCAUUUGGACCAGUUCCUUGGCCAUCAUGACAAGGCAACAUUUUUUAAUCGAACUGACCGUAGCCGUAUGGUCGAGCGCCUUUGCCUACAAGCAUCCUUUGGCGAGAACCGUUUUGACCAGGGAAUUAAACGUCUUCUCCAUCAAGGAGCUUAUGUUGCUGCGUACCCGCUGCAUUCAGGACAUGAAGAGACCCCAUUUGGCCAAGUGCCGUCCAAUGAUCGACAACGGCUACGUCGAGACUGGGCAAGAUUUGGGCGUKUGCUUAAAUAUCAACCAUACGAUGCAAUCAAAGAUUAUUUUGGCACAGAAAUUGGGCUGUAUUUUGCUUGGCUUGGCUUCUAUACUGCUAUGCUUGUCCCAGCGGCAAUAUUUGGCCUGAUAGUCUUUAUUUAUGGAAUAGCAAAUGCCUACGAUUUCCCACCAGUUAAAGACAUCUGCAAUAAGUCCAAUGAACGCCUUUUCUACAUGUGUCCUCUCUGCGAUCAGCAGUGUCCCUAUUGGACGCUGAUAUCGAACUGUUACUAUGCCAUUGCAGUAAGUGCUUUUGACAACGAUAGCACAGUUGCCUUUGCAAUAUUUAUGUCGAUUUGGGCGACUCUUUUCUUGGAGUUCUGGAAGCGAAGACAAGCUGUUCUGGCGUACGAGUGGCACAUGAUGCAUUACGAAGAUGAAGAAGAACAACCACGACCUGAAUUCCUUGCCCGAGUCACAACCUUGAAAGAAGACCCAAUUACUAAGAAAAUGGUCCCUCAUGUCCCUAAGAUAAAACAGUACCAGAAACUCGCUGGUGUUGGAAGCUUAGUGGCAUUCAUGAUCAGUCUCGUACUUGGGGCCGUUGUGGGCGUGGUGGUAUAUCGUGCAUCUGUAUAUGGUGCUCUUUUGAGUGCUGAAGAUCCAAGUAUGAAGAAGAAUGCCAAGAUCACUACUACUAUAACUGCUGCUCUCAUCAACUUGAUCUGUAUUAAUAUCCUCAAAAUUGUCUAUGAGAAACUGGCUAUGUUUCUGACGGAAUGGGAGAACCCGCGUACGAAUACAGAUUUCACCGACAGCUUCACGUACAAGAUGUAUCUUUUCCAGUUUGUAAACACGUAUUCUUCAAUUUUCUACAUUGCGUUCUUCAAGUUGAAUCUAGUGAUUGGCACUCCAGGGAAUUAUCAACGCCUUGGUGGUAGUUAUCGGUUGGAUGGUUGCAGUAGUGGUGGGUGUUUGAUGGAUCUUUGUAUACAGCUAGUGAUCAUCAUGGUCGGUCAGCAGGUCAUUGGCAACAUAACAGAGAUAGCGAUACCAGGAUUGAUGAAGUGGUGGAAGCUGAGGCAAGCUCGCAAGGACUCCUACAUAGAGAUUCCACGAUGGGAGAUUGACUAUAAACUAAGUGCCCUUCCUGAGCACCAUUUGUUUUGGGAAUACCUUGAAGUCGUUCUCCAGUUUGGAUUCGUCACCAUGUUCGUGGCUGCCUUCCCUCUAGCUCCACUCUUCUCUCUCAUCAACACGGCAGUAGAAAUACGUGUUGACGCUAUCAACUUUGUUUGUCAGUUCCGACGCCCGACUGCCCACCGAGCUCAGGAUAUUGGCGCCUGGUUUAACAUCAUGGAAGGCUUGGCCAAUAUUUCUGUCCUCAUCAAUGCCUUUGUGAUAGCUUUUACUUCUGACUUUAUUCCAAGACUAGUGUACAAGUACAAGUACAGCGAAGAUGGAACUCUCAAURGCUACCUCAACAACAGCAUGUCAUACUUUAACGUAGACGACUACAAUGUAACCGACCCACAAGCACAGCCUCUCGAAAAAUACGCCCACGCGUUUUUGAAUUACUCUCAACCUUUCUGCCGUUACCCAGGUUACCAUGAACCACACAAGCCAUACGAUGUCACCAAGCAACACUGGCACGUGAUUGCAGCCCGCCUUGCCUUCGUAUUCGUCUUCCAGUACUUGGUGUAUUGCGUGACAAAGUUUGUGUCGUGGGUCAUACCUGAUAAGCCUCGUCAUCUUCAGCUAAGGAUUAAGCGAGAGGAAUACCUUGCCCAAAAGGCUUUGGAAGAGACCAUGUCGUCCUCUGUUAUCGCUUAAUACCUUAAUAAUGCUGUCCUCUAAGGUCAUACGCAUCGCCAACCAACAUUAAUGAUACCUGCAACGUGUAGUCAAAACGUUAUAUGUUUUUUAUAUGUUAUUAUGUAUAUGUAUUGGUCUGUAUAGAGUGGUAAGUCACUGGUCAUAGUCUGCAACACGCUUAAUUACUCCCUCAGCAUUUCAUAGUAAUCUCUUACUUAAAACAACAGAAUUCAUGAUUACCGCAGUAUCAGUAAAAAUCAAAAAGGUCUAUUGAUUCAGCGCCGACCUACUUACGAUAAUCUUAAUAAUGCACACCUCAACAGUUCAAACCCGGCCAUCCACUCUGGAAUGCCACGGAUCUUCACUAGAUUUUUUUUAUAUUUUUGAAAUUUCGUUGGCGUUUAAAAAUCCAGAGCAAAGUAAUCCUCACAAUUAGCAAAAAUAUAUAAGUUUAAAAAAUUUAAAAUUAGUUCCGAGUACAGGGCUGUCAACUCUCCCGGAUAAACCGGGAGUCUCCAGAUUUUGGGCCGUAUCUCCCGGUCUCCAGAUUAGAGUCUCAA